CCAUCGGUCAAGCCUCGCAGUCCGAUGCCGGUACAAUUUGAUCUCAUUUACGGAGCGCGCAUCCCUGCCUACCUUGGUAUACUUCCGGAGGGCGAUUACGUCGUGGGCCAGGCAUUUGCGAGCGUGCGAGCGUCCCGGAGCCAAUUGACGGGAGACUCGCUGUCCCCCGCUCUUUUUCUCCGCACGAUGGUGACAUCCGGAGAAUCCUUCCCCUUUCCUUGGGCCUGACAGUUGAGAUUCCUGGGGAAUCUAUAAAGGAUACUUUAUCUUCCCGGCGAUGCUUUUGCCCGGGAAGCUGCAGCUCCGCGAUCACCUUCGGUUCCUCGUCUGUCCUGCGCGGUUCUCUGCACGCGUCUUACUCCUUUACUGCUACAUCUUCAUUGGAGUCCUCGCGCUCCUCACCUACACUAUGUACGUCAAACAAUCUCUACCGGCCUUUGUCCUGGGUCUAGUCGCCUCUUCGCAGAACGUCGCCGCUCUACCGCAGGCAAGCGCGGCGACCCCAAGUCCAGUCGCGGACCCGUAUAAGAUCUACACCAUCAGCGCCGGCAAUAUCACGGCCAAGCUUAUCCCGCACGGCGCUCGUUUGACUCAAUUGCUCGUUCCCGACCGCGAUGGGAUACUGCAGGACGUCGUUGUAGGCUUCGACGACCCAACCCAAUACAGUGACGACGACAACUUCUACGGCCCAGUCGUCGGCCGCUACGCGAACCGUAUCAGAAACGGCACUUUCACCAUUGCUGGCGAAACAUAUCAUACCCCUAAGAACGAGAACGACGGCCUUGAUACGCUUCACGGCGGCGAGGUCGGCUACGACAAGCGCAAUUGGACGGUGACCUCCUACACGAACUCAUCGAUAACAUUCUCUUUCUAUGACCAUGCGCUACAGGGCUUCCCUGGCGACGUCCUCACUCAUGCAACGUACACCGUUGACAACAACAACCCGUCGGGUCUCCCUCAGCUCACCACCAAACUCGUCUCCCUUGCCCUAACCGAGGCAACUCCCAUCAUGCUCGCAAACCACAUCUACUGGAACCUCAAUGCUUUCCGUGAGCCCAACGUCCUCGAAGACGUCACCCUCCAACUUCCUUUGAGCACGCGCUUCAUCGCCACGGACGGUAUUCUCAUUCCCAACGGCACAAUUGCUACCGUUGACGCUUACAAUGGCGCUCCGGACUUCACGUCCCCGAAACUAGUCGGUCAGGACAUUAAGAACGCCGUCGGUCUCUGUGGCACUGACUGCACGGGCUACGACAACUGCUGGCUCAUCGACAGACCAACAGGGUACUCCUCUGACGCGCUAAUUCCAGCUCUCUACAUGGCCUCCAAGAACACUGGCAUUACCCUUGAGGUCGCCACAAACACCCCCGCCAUCCAGAUCUACUCCUGUAAUGGGCAAGACGGGUCUGACCCAGUAAAGCCGUCUCAAAUUCAGCGCGCCAAGCAGGCCGGCUACAAUGGGCCGACUACAGUCGACAAAAAUGCCUGCGUUGUUGUCGAGACUGAGGGAUGGAUUGACGGUAUCAAUCAGCCUGGGUGGGGACAGACGGACAACCAGAUCUUUACCCCCGGUGGCCUGCCUGCCGUCAAUCUGGCUGUUUACAAAUUUGGAACGGCUUAG